AUGAUUACCGGCGCCGAUCGUCGCGAUCACCUUAUUCACGGCAAGGAAGACAGAGCUAUAGGGACCGUGAUCGGGAAGGUUAUCGUUCGCCAGGCUACAGCCGGAGCCGAAGCCGCAGUCGAGAUUGCAAUCGAACUUCGAGAUGCAUACCAUCUUACCAACCUUGAAGAUAUACGGGUUAUUCGCGAUCGGCAAACAAAGUUAUCUCGUCAACUUGGAUUCCUUCGAUUCAAGACCAUUGAUGAGUCAAGGGCAUUCCUAGCACAAAAUCAUCCUUUCAUUCAUUUGUACGGCCCCAGUGCUGAACGAAGCACAAAAGUCCGCAUCGCAUAUAGUCGGGAGAGGGAGGAACGAGUUCGUGUCAAAGCUGAGGGAGAUUGGACUUGCAGAAUGUGUGCGGUUGUUAAUUUUGCAACACGUUCAAAGUGCUUUCGAUGCAAUGCACCCCGACCUGAGCUUCCACCUCCCGGCCCGCCUGGAGUCCCUGCAGUCAAGGUUGCAAACAAUGGAGAUAACGAUGCAGCCGCGGACAACCAGCCAUCUCAGUUUUUGCUUUUCAGAGGACUGGAAUUUUCAGUGACGGAAGAGCUUCUCGCCAAGGGCGUCGCUAAGCUCUACCGCCCAAAUUCCGCCAACGACAGUGGUGUGAAUAAUCAGAAAAAAGGAGGCAAAGUCGCUUCCACAACUGGAGACUCUAAUCUCGGAGCCCGCGAGGGCUCUAUUAAACGUGUGUUGCUUGUGCGUGAUCGGAAGACAAACGACAGUUGGCGUUAUGGAUUUGCUGAAUUCGGCACCGUGACCGAUGCCCAAGCUGCGCUAACACGACUACACUCCUUUGAUAAAUUUACUAUCUCCUCUAAACGGGUGAUGGUCAGUUACAUCCACGCUGGUGUUUUCGUACCAGUCCUGGGCCCACCAGCCGCGGCAGGUCAUUUCACAUUUAGCCCACUCAACAAUCCUGCCUUGAAGCUCAUGUACUGGGACGACGAGGCCUACGUGACUGAACUCACGUUGGCUCUUCCCGAAGAGGAAAGUAGGCCAAGCCGUAUCAAAACUGAAAAGCCCGCUGGAGUUCAGCAAGAAGCUCCCAACAAGCCAACCAAGGAGGCAGAGAAGGCUAAGAAACGAAAGGCCGAGGCCCCAGCUACUGAUAAAGCAAAGAAGCUUGCCAUGCCAUCUCACCUGCAAUUUUGGAGUAAUCGCCAUGCUGAGCUGCACGGGAUCAAUCAUGAUAACGAUGGGAACCUUCCUGUCGCUGACGGAGAUAAUGGCAAUGCCCCUGAUCCCGACGCUCCACCUGCCCAGUCAUACGCUGACCUGAGCCGGAACUGUUGCUACUUGUGCAUGCGUCAGUUCAAGAGCGCGGCAAAUGUCAACAGACACGAACGGCUCAGUCAGCUCCAUCGAGACAAUUUACAAAAUGAGGAAUGCAGAAAUCGCGGUAUGGGAAAGCUUAUCAAGCACGGAAUUGUCCAGCAAUCUGCUGAGUACCGGGAUCGUGCGAGGGAACGUCGCAAAGCCUUUGGCCGCGGUAAAGCUGGCGCAAAACCGAAGCCAGCCGCGGCGAAGGAAGAAGAGCAAGCUCCGGUCCAGACCAACUCCAAGGGUGCUUCUCUUCUCAGCAAGAUGGGUUGGUCUGAGGGGGCAGGCCUCGGUGCCCAAGGCACUGGUGUGACAGCGCCAAUUGCCACUGAGAUCUAUGCACAGGGUGUGGGUCUUGGAGCCCAGGGAAGCAAGCUGGGCGAUGCAGUAGAGGAGGCGGGUCGGAAUACCCGAGGACGCUACGAUGAAUUCUUGGAGAAGACGAAGGAAACUGCUCGCCAGCGCUACGAUCAGAUGAGCCGUUGA